AGCUGCUCUUUUCUGGCUUUGGCGUGUCCAUUUGCUAGCCCUCUCUGGCAAACGGAGAGUUGAUCCUAGGAUCGGAGUGGGAACCAUGCGAGGCGAGUGGGAACUGCCAUGAUCAUGACUUUGGGGUUUCCCACAACUGUCCGAUUGACCGAAGCCAUGACUGUGCCGCUGAAGUCCGUGCAGCGCGGAAUUUCGAGCGCGGCCUUCAGCGCAAAGCAGAUGAAGAAGGUCGAGUGCCCAAUGCACCUGCUGUGGCGCCCCGCCCUUGGAAAGGCACAGGAGAAGUUGCGGCGGUCGCAGCCACUACUACGCCAGUAUGACUGCAAGCUGGUUGAAGUCCCAGAGAAGAUGAAGGUUGUGCUGUUGGGUGUGAACCACAGGAAGAUUAACAGCGUGGAGGCUGUGCAACGGAUCACGCAACGUAUGGAUCCGGACGCUGUAUGUGUGGAACUUUGUGACUCGCGGGCGCAACCGCUGGCAGAGGAGGUUCAACGCCUGUCAAACCCUCGGGCAUUUCUCAGCAAGGAUGUGGGCUCACUUCUGCGGCGCAUCAGCAGCGAUGACUUUUCGCCCGAAAAUGGGAUGGAGCUGCGUCUGGCCAUGCUGGAAGCAAGGCGUAUGUUGAAGCCGUGCUUUUUGGUGGACAGGUCGAUUUCAGUGACGCGCCGACGUCUGAAAGCCAGGCUGAGAAUUGGAAUGUAUCUCCACCAGUGGUUCCCUCUCACCAGCAAGAUAGCAGUGGCUUGGAAGCUCCGUGGGGCGUUCACCACUGGCAUUGUCCCUGCAAGUGUUGUGAGAGUCCUGUUCGCCUUGGGCCGGUGGCAGUUGCCUUGGCUGGCGCGUCAAGAGCUGCUCAGCCAAACUGAGUGGGUGGGCGGAGAAGAGGUUGUGCCCGGCGAUGCUAUAUUGAAGGCCCUGGAGGUCGGAAGUCUUGCGGAAGAACAGUAUGGCGACUUUCCAGAUGCUCAGAGCAAGAGUCUACUCGGUGACGUGUUCUUGCCUCACCGCAUUGAGGACCUUGGCCCCGCGAGCCUCAUGGAUGUGUUGGACCGCGUCAUCCGGGCAGAGCGGGACGUGUUCCUGGCACAUCGGAUUCGGAGGAUCCACACUGUGACAGGGGUGGAAUAUGCCCGGCACGGCCUCAACGGCCCGCUGGUCCUGGCGGUGCUGGGUGCGGCUCACUUGCCGGGAGUGGCGCGGAGCUUGACAGCGCCGAUGCAGGAACUGGAGUCACAUGUUGCGGACUUGGAGCAUGCCCCGCUGGAGCCUUGGAGGACGCUUCUGCCCAACAUCCUCCUUGCUCGGCCUUCCACGGCGUGAGGGAGAUGGCCGGUUUGGUUGGGCGAUCGCUGUCAGCAACUUUGGCAAGGUGGACGGGAAAGUGCUGGAGA